AAGGAAAGAGAAAAAGAAAUGGUGUCAGUAGAGGACGACAGUGACUUACAGGAGAUAUUACCAGUUGGGUUUUCCUCAGAGAUUGGUCUAGGGAAUAAUUCGUCGGAGGUAUCGUUUCAAGGGUUAGAGAGUUCGCUGGGCCGUUUGCCGGUGGAAACACUGAAAGUGUUUUGUAGUGGUGAGGGUUUGUCGGAGACAGGAACUAAGAAGGAUCUAAUUGAGAGGUUAGCAGGUAGACUGGUUGGUAAAGUGAAAGGGAAAGGUAGAAUGGAGGGUGGUGGUCAGGAUAAGAGUGCAUUGGAUGAGAGAAGUGGGGUUAGUUUAGAGGGUGUGGCGUUUGAGAAAGGUCUUGGAAAAAGGAUGGAAGCAGGCGAGGGAGGUUUUAGAGCAUGGAAAUGGGCUACGCCUGAUUUGCAGUAUUUAGCUGUGGAAAGGUCAUUAGAGAAAUCUGCAAGCAUCAAAAGA